AUGGAAUCCGAAAAAUUCAACUCAACCCCACUCCCGGCGUACGAGCAACACCCCAGCCCAGAAACCCACCAGGCAGCGCCUAUAGUCCCCCAAAACGCACACAUGCAGCCUCGAUCACACCUCCCACACGACCAUCCCCAGCAGCAACCGCUCGCGCAGCUCCCAGCGCCGGGAUACUACCAGGCAGGGCCCGGGAUGGGCCACCCGAGCGGGUACAACACCGCGACGCCGCUACACGCACUGCAGCGCGGGCCGACGCCCGUUGACUGUCCCGUCUGUGGACAUCGGGAGAUGUCGCGCGUGGAGGCGCACUCGGGGAAUACCACGCAGUAA